AUGACCGCAUAGUAGCUAGGGAGGCUGCAGGCAUCCUAACACGCAAGUAACUUCGGCUGCCCGCUCAUUUUCUCUGCUCGGCCUCUGUCACACCAUGUCAGUGGCAUCUGCGAUGUUUAGCUCAAUUAAGGCCCGGCUGCAAACUACGACUCGCGAGCCGGGUCAGGAGCCGGGUACAUAUCGCACUGCAGCUCUUGGCUAUCCCAGGCUUUGGAGACAGAAGCUAUUAGAUUAUGCACGCAAGAGAACAGACGCUGGCAUCAUCACAUUCUUCCAUAUCAUUUCAGUCUUCUCGGCUCGCAACUUGUUGGCGCCAGUUUGUGCCGGCCUGGACAACCACACCUUCCUAACGCUUGACCUGCCAGUUAUCCGGAACUACCCUUGCGGAGAGCCGCCAGGCACUCAGGCGGGAUACCUGCUCCGCAACUUCCCCUCCGCCUACGGCCUGCUUUUUAGGGUUACCCCGCGAGACUUUUGGGUCCCCUUCAAUCAGUGGUUGCUGGCGGCGCGGCUGCUGGCCUGUCUGCUGCUGCCCGCGGCGUUCUACCGGAGCCAUGUGGCACCGGUUGCCAACAUCUACCAGCGCCUGGUCCCGUUCGCGUUCCUGCUGUUCCAGUCCGUCGCGCUGCGGCCCGCGGUGGAGCCCUCGCCGCUGAGUGUGUGGUACCUGCGCAGCGCCUCCGUGUGCGACCUGGUGUCGCUGGCCUUUUAUGAGAGCUCCGUGCUGGCCGAGUCCAUAUACUUCUCGUUGUCGGGGCUUGCGCUUGUGCUCCUAGGCCUGCAUUACGGCGCCCGCCACCCGCACCUAGGCAUGGGGGCCGCCCAGCUACCGCGCCUGCUCGCCAACCACUGCGCCUCCGCAGCCGCCACGCUCAUCUUCCAGGCCUGGCGGCGGCGCGGGCAGCGCCGGGCUGCAGCCGCUGCGGCGGCCGUGGCGGCGGCGGCGCUGCAGCGCCGCGCUUUGGAGAAGGCGGCGGCGGGCGCGGACGCAGCGGACGGAUCUGCUGCCUCCUCGUCGGGUGCGGCUGGAGUGGUGGGCGAUGGUACGCGAGGCGCUGGCUGCGUGGCGGACGCGGCGGCGGCCGUGCACGUGGUGGAGGCGGCGGAAGAAGGGCCACAGCCCGCGUAUGCACAGGUGGCGUCCGCGGCAGCCGCCAAGCAGCCUCUGGCUGGGCCAAAGGGCAAUGCCGCUGUGGCGAAGCCCGCGGCCGCGACCGCUGCUGCAGAUGCAGCUGCCCUCCCGGGCACGCACACGCCGGAGGCUGCGGCUGCGGUGCCGAAGGCGGCGCCCCGCGUCAAGGCGGCGCCCGUCGGGUGCGUGCUCACAAGGCGCCACCUCCGCCCCAGCAUUUCACCCACCUCCUUCGCCUCCUCCAUACCCACCUCCGCACCCACCACCACGCCGCGGCGCGCCUCUGCAGCCGCCUCUGCCGCUGCCACCGCCGCCGCUGCAGCCGCCGCCGCCGCCGCCGCGGGCCACGUGGCCGCCGCCGCGCCGUUGCUGCUGCCGCCGUACAGCCCGCGCACGCGGCUGGCGAUCAUGCGCAUCAAGCUGAGCGGCGUGGAGCCGGAGCAGCUGCCAGGCGGGUACGAGGCGCGCGUGGCGGCGGUGCUGGCGGCGCGCGGCGUGUCGUGCGAGGGCGUGUACGUGCGCCGCGGCUGCAUCGAGGUGGUGAUUGACAUGCGCGCCUGGCGCAAGCGAGGCGGCGGCGACGGCUGUGACGGCCGCCACCUGCUGGCCGCGGGCGCCGCGACAGACGCCGGCGAGCUCAGCAUCUCCCUGGGCCUGGAGUCGCUGCUGCCAAACUUCUCUGCUGACACGCGUGCCGAGGAGGUGACGUCACCGCCAGCUGGCGGCGCCACUGCUGGUGGCGGCGCCGCCACCCAUACGGAGGCGGUGGCGGGCGCACUGACGGCGGCGGCGCAGGAGCUGGGUGGUAGUGAGGGGGAUCAUGUUGAUGACGUGGGUGCGAUCAUUCGCGCCCUGGCGCUGCCGGUGGAUGACUGGACGCUGACGUACGCCCUGGAAGAGGAUUUGGUGGAGCCCGUUCAGGCAGUAGCGGCAAUCAAUGCUACUGCCGCUGGCGUUACUGCCACUGGCGCUACGGCGGCGGGCGGUGGGGCUACUGGCCGUGCCGGUAUUGCUACUGUCGCUGGCACCGAUGUCAGUCUGGGGGCCGGCGGGCCGUGCGACGACGGGGCCGGCUGGGUGCCUGCCAUCCUCUCGGUCACGCCGCGCGUGCUGUGCACCAACCCGCCGCUGAAGCCCGCUGCUGCUACUGCCGACUCUACACAGCAACAGGAGCAGCGGCACGUGCUCCAGCUGCGCGUGUCGUGCCUGGACGGCAUCAUGCCGGAGGUGCUGUUGCGCUGCCAGGGCUCAUCCAUUGCCGCCGGCGGCACUCCCACCACCAGCAUCACCACCAGCCGUUGCGACGGCAGCGGCGGCAACGGCACUCACGACGUGGCCGACGUGGUGUUGGCAGUGCGGGCCGGGACGUUGCCGCCGCUGCCGGGCCUGCUGCUGGUGGAGGCCCGGCGGCCGGGCGGCGGUCGCGGCUGCGUGGUGCCGGUGCUGCUGCUGGACGAGCCAGGGCUGGCGGAGGAGCUGCAGGGUGUGGUGGAGCGCUGGCACGGGCCCCCCUACGAGCUGCAGGACGUGCUGGUGGACCUGUCCGCCUUCCUGCACCACGCCGCCGCCCUAACCACCAGCACCGCCGCCGCCGCCGCCACCGCCCUGGCGUGGAGCACAGGUGAUGGCGGCGACGGUGGUGCAGCUGCUGCCACCAGCGGCUGCCUGUGCGCGCGUGAGCGUGUUGUGGACCUUGGGCGGCACCUGCUCGACUACUUUAGCGCUGCGGAGCUGGCGGCGGCGUGGCCUCUGGCGCUGGCGCGGCUGCAGCGCGACGUGGCGGCGGUGGCAGGCGCGACGACGGCGACGGCGACGGAAGUGGCUGGGGAAGGCCUGCUGCAGGGGCAGGCAAGCGCGGAUGUGGCGGCAGCGGGGCUGCGGGAGCAGCAACGAACCGCCGACCAGGCACCCCGUGGCAACAGUGCCGAUGUGGCGGCGACGGCAGCAGCAGCGGAGACGAAGGCGUGGGGCCUAACGGGUCCAGCAGCGCUUUCGACGGCCACGCAGGCACCUGGAAAGCAGCAUCAGGACAACGUGUGUGUUCAGGACGCUCCGACGACUGCCUGCGGCAAGGGCGGCGGCGAAGGCCAGACCGACCAGGUGGCGGCUGUUGCUAACAGUAGCGACGCCAGUGGCGGCGCCGCCGGCGGCGUCUGGUUGUUGCGGCGGCUGGCGGCGGCGCAUUAUGCAUUGAAGGAGCCCGAAUACGUGCGCUUUGUCGCCGAGUAUGGAGCCAGCCAAGCACAUGUUAUACACGCCAUCGCCUUCGUCUGUGUCUCGGUCACCUGCCUACGGCCGCUCAUACCCGCGCUGGCGCAGACCGCAGCCUCGGCACCCGCAGCCCCCGCCACCUCCACCUCCGCCUCUGCCAGCACCUCCCCAGACGCUCCUGCUGGGAACCCGCUCCUCGCCGUGCUGCCCGCCGUGCUGACCCUGCUGCCGUACCUUUACACCGCGGCCGCGUGGCUGCUGGUCAAGCCCCGGGGGCGCUGGGUGGAGCUCGUGGCACGCAGCGUGCCGUACCGCGUGGGGUCACGUGCGGCGGUCAACCUGCUGCAGGCCGCGGUUCGCGGCACGCACGCGGUCGUCCACGUGUCGUAUCACCUGGGUCCGGGCGUGUGGGUGGGCGACGGCGUCGUUUGUGCCGGCACGUGCCCGCAAAUGUCGCCUGCCGCCUUCGCACUGUGCGAAGUUGCGCGUGUGCCCGUGCACGUCUGGCUGUGGUGCUCCUUCACCGGGGCGUCACCGUCGCUGGCCAUGCUGUGGCGGGCGCUGGCCCUGGCCGCACUCUCUAGUGUCGUACACAUCGCAUCACACGUGGGGCUGCGGCUGGCGUAUCAGCGCGCUGUACGGCGGCGGCAAUGGGCUGUGGCGGCGGGUGCGGGGGCGGAGCCAGGUGCUGCUGGGCCUUCAGCUACAAGGUAUCUGAUUGCGAAGGUGGGGAAGGCAGGUUGAUGGCUGAGCGCGGCGGCGCGAAAGGAGGCAUGAGGCGGGAUUUGACGCCUUUUCGUUGUGCACGCUAGGGGUGAGCGCCGGUACUAAGAAGGUCUCGUCAGACAAGCGGCUGCCUUGUCUUGGCGGCUGAGAAGCCAGUCACAACAUUUGGGCGAAGCGGUGGGUUGCAGUUAGGGGUCCGAUACAGCAGGUGCCGGCAUUGCGCCGCACCGGGCCGACGCUGGAAAAUGUUAACUCUUAAUCCUAUACGUAAAUAUGGGUUGCUUUGGGCAUGGGGCAGCUACGUUGCCAGGAUACCAUGCGCCCAAUUGUGCGGCUUCCAUUAUCGUCGUGUCGGCAUAUGCUCUCCUUCAUGCACAUGCACUCCAAGCACACAUCGAUGGAGCAUGACACAGUAACUCUGAGGGCCAGCAAUAUGUGUUGUGCUCGCGCCGCCGUGCAGUUACGGCUGUAGACACAUGGGAUAGUGAAGCGCGGCACUGCAACUUGUGCAUGCACCCAAGCUGUUGUCAUAUAUCUGGGUGCAUGCAGUGUGACUUUGUGUUUGGGCUGAGCACCGGCUCUAUGAGGCAUCCCGGGGUUCCCAGGAGCACCCCGGUUCUGCAAGGAAAAGGGAAGCGCGCAUAGGGUACUGCGUCUUAUGCCUGUUUGCGUUUAAUUGCCGAGUUACGGGACGAGGUAUGGUCCAGCAUCAAGCUCACCGUGUCAUCUGUGGGCGUGCUGCAGUGCAAGCAAAGGACCGUCCUGCUUGCAGGUAUGUGGCCAUUUAUUAUUGCGGGGGUGGCGAGGCUAGCGGUGUGAUGAGUGGUGUUAUGGGUUUGGGGCUUGACUGCUGGCAGGCCGUGGCAGUUGCUGACGCAGGCUGGGGCUACCGUGACUGAUCUAUGUUCUUAUUAUUACGGCAUUUGCCCUAAUUGUUUUGGGAUUGUUCCGGUGGUCUGGAGAUAUGUGCAAGGCGGGCAAAGGCUGGCCGGAUGGGUACGUCUGUGGCUCUGUUCACGUGCCUGUCCGGGCCCUGACUCAACCAGGGUAUUGCCGCAACGGCCCUGAGUUAUUUAUAGUUAGUUCAUGCGCGUUGGCCGGGUAUUGUGUCAUGCGCUACAACCGAACCAGAUCGUCGUCCAGAUACGGCCCAGAGCGUGGAGACACCGUAUGGCCACUGAGUCCCUGAAUCCCGUCAGCGGUGAGGUGCAUGAAGCCGAGACGCUGAACGGGGACGACCAAUGAUGUUCAGCUGCUAGAGCUGGCUGCUGCUGCGGGCGAGGUGCAGGCUAACGCAGGCUUAACGGACAGAGGCG